CUCUCUCCCUCUCUCUCUUGUCAGUUCCUCUCAGUAUCAAUCUCUCUCUCUCUCUCAGUGUGUGUGUGUGAGUGUGUAUGUGUGUUUCUGCAGGUUUUUGCUCCUCGAGCGCGGAGCUCGCGAUGCCGCAAAAAGAGUUCCACAAUCAGACUUCGUGGGAAUCCGGAGUUGCCUCCAUGAUGCAAAACAGUAAAUGUCACAGUGGGGUGAACCAGCUUGGCGGAGUGUUUGUAAAUGGCCGGCCGCUGCCGGACACUACGAGGCAGAAGAUCGUAGAGCUCGCGCACAGUGGAGCCCGACCCUGCGACAUCUCACGCAUUCUGCAGGUGUCGAACGGCUGUGUCAGUAAGAUCUUGGGCAGGUAUUAUGAAACCGGCUCUAUCCGGCCGCGGGCCAUCGGGGGCAGUAAGCCGAGAGUAGCGACGCCUGAAGUGGUCAGUAAAAUUGCUCAGUAUAAGCGUGAGUGUCCGUCCAUCUUCGCCUGGGAGAUCCGCGACAGACUGCUGAGUGAAGGAAUCUGCACCAACGACAACAUCCCUAGUGUUUCCUCUAUAAACCGUGUCCUGCGUAACCUGGCCAGUGAAAAGCAGCAGAUGGGGGCAGAUGGUGUGUACGAUAAGCUGAGGAUGCUGAACGGUCAGCCUGGCGCGUGGGGGGCACGGCCUGGGUGGUACCCAGCAGCGCCUGGGCAACCAAACCAAGAUGGUUGCCAGCAGCAGGACAACGGUGGCGAAAACACAAACUCCAUCAGCUCCAACGGAGAAGACUCAGAUGAGACGCAGAUGCGGCUGCAGCUGAAAAGAAAAUUACAAAGAAACCGCACAUCCUUCACUCAGGAACAGAUAGAGGCGCUGGAGAAAGAAUUUGAAAGAACUCACUAUCCUGACGUUUUCGCAAGGGAAAGACUUGCAGCCAAAAUUGACCUCCCAGAGGCAAGGAUACAGGUUUGGUUCUCAAACAGACGAGCUAAAUGGAGAAGAGAAGAAAAGCUGAGGAAUCAGCGCCGACAAACCAGCAGCAACUCCAACCACAUUCCAAUCAGCAGCAGCUUCAACACCAGCGUUUAUCAGCAAAUCCCUCAGUCCAGCACACCCGUGUCCUUUACGUCAGGCUCUAUGCUGGCCAGGUCCGACACGGCUCUGACGAACUCCUACAGCGGCCUGCCGCCCAUGCCCUCCUUCACUAUGGCUAAUAACCUCCCUAUGCAACCCAGCCAGACAUCCUCCUACUCCUGCAUGCUGCCCACCAGUCCAUCAGUGAAUGGGCGGAGCUACGACACGUACACACCCCCUCAUAUGCAGGCACACAUGAACAGCCAAUCAAUGGCAACUUCUGGUACCACCUCUACAGGACUUAUCUCCCCUGGAGUGUCUGUCCCGGUCCAGGUCCCCGGAGGAGAACCAGAUAUUUCUCAGUUUUGGUCCCGGCUGCAGUAAAGAGAAACUCUACUUCACCCUCUGACCUCCAAAACAAUACCCCACCCCAAAAAACCCCUCACCCCUCCCAAAACAGCACCCCGGCCCAGACUUGCCCCCUUCCCCAAAGGCACUAAGGAAAAAAGGAAAAAGCCACAUUGUCGUCUAAAGUGCCGCAAUUUAAAAACAUCCUGGAACAAAAACAAGAAACCUUUUUCAGCUUUGAUGUAUUUGUUUCAUUUCUAUAUAAUUACUUUAUGGAAGAAGACAAACAGUGACGGACAAACGGAGACCGCACUGGCCUUUCUUUCAAGAACUGGACACUUUCAGUUCUGGAUUUACUGAUCAUGGAACACCACCACCGUUCUGUUCGGUCCACACUGACCCACCUCACUGACCACACUUCUCUGGAUGAAGCUGAGGAGAGCUGGUAGAAGGACCGAGCUGCAGUCAGCCUGGACGGAGUAGAUUCAUUUCAUAACCAAAUAAAGAGCAGAUGAUCUGCAGACUGAACUGCUCCAGAUAAACAGGUUCAGACUUUCGCCAGAAGACUUUUAUUUGGUAAUAUUAUAUAAAAGUAAAAUCCUGUUGUUUAAAUGUUGACGUACUCUGUCUUCCCCUGGAAUGAUUCUCAAAAUCUCAUAAUCUCGUUUCUUUCGCCCUGAAACAUCAUCUCUCAAUGUUUUCUGCCGAAUUCCACCAUACAUUUUCCUUUCUUUAGGUCAGGAACGCAUUGUAGUAGCGAUAGAUUUUAUAUUAUAGUGUCUGUCACUCGAAUCUGUUUAUUUAAUUCCUGAGUAAAUAAUUAGUAAAAAUGUUUGCGAGUUUUAAAACGUGUUUGCCAGUUGUUUACGAGUACAUAUCAGAACUGAACCACAGCUGAUUGUGAAAACAGACCAAAGCCUUUUCAUCUAUUACACUUUUAUUUCUUUUGUAUGUUUGUUUUUGUAAAAAACAAAACAAAAAAAGCUAAAAAAACUCAUUUUACGCUGUAGUUCGUUAGCUUUGAGUCUCCGACUGCAGUUUAAUCGAGUCUUUUAUUUAUGAUUGAAGAGCAUCUGUGUGUUUAUAAUAACUGUGUUUACUUCUGAGUUUUAAUGUGUUGGAGAAACUCUUAAUGAAAAUGGAAAUAUUUCAAUUUAAUUUUAUUUAAAGCUUUCUAAAUGUAUUUUGUGGAAAUUAUAUAAAAACAUUUUGU